GGCGGGUCACGUUGGUGGGACUGAAGGGGGAAGUAAUAGCAUGGAUAAAAGCAUUACCCUCCCACCUGAUGAAAUCUUUCGGAAUUUAGAAAAUGCAAAGAGAUUCGCCAUUGACAUAGGUGGCUCAUUAACAAAGCUUGCUUACUACUCAACGGUGCAGCACAAAGUGGCCAAAGUGAGGUCAUUUGAUCAUUCUGUGAAGGAGGCCGAGGGGGACCCUCUGUAUGAGAUUUCUGUGCAAGAGGAGAUCACUGCCCGACUGCACUUCAUCAAGUUUGAGAAUGCUUACAUCGAGACCUGCCUGGACUUCAUCAAGGACCACCUGGUCAACACGGACACCAAAGUCAUCAAGGCCACGGGCGGAGGAGCGCACAAGUUCAAAGACCUGAUUGAGAAGAAGCUGAGACUCAAAGUGGACAAAGAAGAUGAGAUGACAUGCCUGAUCAAGGGCUGCAACUUCGUUCUGAGGAACAUCCCCCAUGAAGCCUUUGUUUACGCCAAACACGCCGACCCAGAGUUCCGCUUCCAGAACACACACCCGGACAUCUUCCCCUACCUGCUCAUCAACAUCGGCUCAGGCGUCUCCAUCGUCAAGGUGGAAUCAGAAGACAAGUUUGAGCGUAUCGGGGGAAGCUCCAUUGGUGGGGGAACCUUCUGGGGUCUAGGGGCCCUCCUUACCAACACAAAGAGGUUUGAUGAGCUACUGCAGCUGGCGUCCAAAGGGCAGCACUCCAACGUGGACAUGCUGGUGAAGGACAUAUACGGCGGGGCCUACGAGUCCCUUGGCCUGACCGGAGACCUCAUCGCCAGCAGCUUCGGCAAAUCAGCCACCACUAGCAAACAGUUCUCCAAAGAAGACAUGGCCAAGAGCCUUCUGCACAUGAUCAGCAAUGACAUUGGCCAGCUGGCUUGCCUGUACGCGCGGCUCCACAGCCUGUCCAGGGUCUACUUUGGGGGCUUCUUCAUCCGCGGACACCCCGUCACCAUGCACACCAUCACAUACAGCAUCAACUUCUUUACCAAGGGCGAGGUCCAGGCUCUCUUUCUCAGGCACGAGGGCUAUCUGGGAGCUAUUGGAGCUUUCCUCAAAGGAGCAGAGGAGGACAACCCCAACCAGUACAGCUGGGGAGAGAACUAUGCAGGGAGCUCCGGCCUCAUGAGUGUCUCUCCAGACAUCAAUCCCAUGCAGAGAGCACGCAGCGGAACCUUUGACAUGCUGGAGAUGGACCGUCUGGAGAGGCAGCUGGUGAACCUGCCACUGCUGCAGGACCCUUCCUCCUACGUGCCCGACACCGUGGACCUCACAGAGGACUCCCACGCCAGGGAGUACUGGCUCUACUGCUUCGAAGAGGCGCUCGAUGGGGUAGUGAAGCGGGCGCUGGCCAGUCAGCCUGACAUGCCAGAGGCAGCAGAGCGAGCCGAGAAGUUCCGGCAGAAGUAUCUACACAAGCUCCAAACCCUUCGACAGCAGCCCUUUGCUUAUGGCUCCUUGACUGUCCGAAGUCUGCUGGACACCAGGGAGCACUGCUUAAAUGAGUUCAACUUUCCUGACCCCUACUCAAAGAUAAAGCAGCGUGAGAACGACCAGGCGCUGAAGUACUACCAGAAGGUGGUGAAGAGCCUGGAGGAGCUGAGCUGGGAGCAGAGGCAGUUCGCCCUCGUCAGGGGCCUGCUGGCGGGCAACGUCUUCGACUGGGGGGCCAAGGCCGUCUCCGAUGUUCUGGAGUCAGACCCGGGAUUUGGUUUUGAACAGGCAAAGCAGCAGCUACAGGAAAGACCCUGGCUUGUGGAUGCAUACAAUCAAUGGAUCGAGCGGCUGAAGGGAGCGCCUCAUAAAUGUGCCUUGUUUUUCGUAGAUAAUAGUGGCAUAGACAUCAUAUUGGGAGUUUUCCCUUUUGUUAGAGAACUCCUCAUCCGUGGCACACAGGUUGUGCUGGCCAGUAACUCCGCCCCGGCUCUGAACGACGUGACCAAUGGCGAGCUGCAGAUUCUGACGGAGCGGAUCGCCGGCAUGGACCCCGUGAUACAGUCUGCUGUGAGGGAAGACAGACUGACCUUGGUACAGAGUGGUUCCAGCUCACCCUGCCUGGACUUGAGCCGCCUGGACAAGGUGCUGGCCACGGUGGUGCGCGAGCGGCGUGCGGACCUGGUGGUGAUCGAGGGCAUGGGACGCGCCAUCCACACCAACUACUAUGCGGCGCUCAGCUGCGAGAGCCUCAAGCUGGCCGUCAUCAAGAACUCCUGGCUGGCCGAGCGCCUCGGAGGCAAGAUCUUCAGCGUGGUCUUCAAGUACGAGGUGCCGCACAAGGUUAGCACCGACACCGCCCAGGGCCAGCACUAGCGUCGGGCCCACCAGCCUUACUUGGAGACGGCUGAUCCAGGGGGUUCUGGAAGAGCCCUAUAAUGUCAGGGGAGGAAGGUGUGGAGCUUCAAGAGAAGAUGCUGUCAAAGAAGGAAGUGGGUCUUCUUCUUAUUUUUGACGGAAUGGAAGAAGGAAGUCCAAGGAGGGAGGAGCCACAUUGACCCUGUCAGUCAAAGGAAUGAGCCUGGUGUCCUAGCAAAAGGGUUGCUUAGCGACAAGCGAAGCCCUGAACCUCUUUGAAAUUGAAUGUUGAUGGAACUCAAUUGGAAACAGAAUAGAGAAAAGGAAAAACCGAAAUGGAAAAAUUGAAAUCGGUAGCCAAUAAGCAUACAACGGUGGCCGAAGUAAUCGCAGUGGAUUUAUUAUUUUUAUCAUCAUCAUUGUUGUUAUUAUUACUGCUAUUAUUAUGAUGGUGGUGAGCGUUUUCAGAGGGAGGAGUGAACGGAUGGAAUGAUUUCCUUCUGUAUCUGUGCUGGAUGUGGGGUGAGAGGAGAGGAGCGGAUCGGAUUAUUCCUUCAACAUCCACUAGCUGCUGCAGCCUUCUUCACGGAGGCCCAGUGCUGCAUUUUAACAGUAUUCCACAGAGACGAGUAAUCGUCAUCUCAACCCUGUGCUGAAAAUCUUUUUUUUUUUUUUUUUUUUUUCAUCACAAUUUUGAAAAUAAGCUAUUGUAAUUUGUGGGGCUGAUUUUAAUUGUAAGGCUGUACAUUGACGCCAAACGGUCACUAUAUCAGCACCUUGGACUGGUUUAUACAGCCCUACAAAGGCAAAGUGCAGUAACUACAUAUUUUGCCAAAGUUGAGUUUAAGCAGGACAUGGUCGUCAUAACACCUCCUUCAUCUUGUGACAAAGACGUUUGGUCCGAGUGUGUACCCCUUUAGAGAUAUUGCCAUGUCAAAUUUGCAACUACAACUACAACACUACAACAUCCAGCCUAAUACCAAGGCUUUGAAGGCUUUUUUCUCAGUUUCAGUGUUGGCGUAGUUGCUCCACUUUGCCUUUGUAGGGCCGUAUAGUUUUAACUAGCUAAGGGAGGGCUUCAGUCAUGGCCGCUCCUGUUGGAGGAUGCUGUGUUUAUUGCUGUAAAAUUAAAUUUGGUUGUACUGACAUUUCUAUGAUUCUCGUUUAAACUGUCCGGGUUUUGUUCAAUGAUUUUCCAAUGAGAAACCCCUCUGUGUUCUGUUCACAGCGUCUUCCAAAAUUACAACAGAUGAACAGCCGCCUCCUGGAAGGUUUUGAGAUAAAACUUUAUGUUCUAUGAGACUCAUGAAGGGCCGGAAUUAUUGCAGGAAUUUCACGUUUUAUUUUCCCACAAAGUUCUCCAUAAAUUGGUCACAGGUUGGUUGUAAUCUACACACCGACAGAUGAACAAUAGCCCAAUAACAGACAGUUCUCCAGGCCAAUAUAGGGCAAUUUAAUCCGAGUGAAGGUUUUUUUUUCCCAUUCUGGCCCAGCUGCCUGCAUUGCUGUACAGCAUCUGUUCACCGUGCACCUGUUUCCAUGACCUGCUUGUCUUUCUGGGAUCCUGGCUGCUGUCCAGGGCAGGGGUACAUUUCUGGAAAGCGUAGUUGUCAGCAGUUAGCAACUUCGGUAGUUGCCAAUGGGAAAUCGCAUUGCAACCAACAAGGUAGCUAACAUAGUUAGAAACUUUUCUUUUCAGAAAUUCACCCCAGGGGCGGCGUUAUAGGGAGGGCCAGCAGGGCAUUUGCCCCCAGGCCCAGGGCACUCUUGUAUUGGUGGCGGGGGCCCUAUUGUGACCUUGGCAGGCCAUAUGGGGGCCCUAUUGUGACCUUGGCAGGCCAUAUGGGGGCCCUAUAAGUGUUUUGCAGGCCAUAUGGGGGCCCUAUAAGUGUUUUGCCCUUGGGCCCUGUGUGCAUUUCUUCCGCCACUGGUCCAGGGUAUUGUUUUUUUUUAAGAAGAAGAAAAGGCUUUGCGUCAGCAUGUUAAUUAUGAUUUCCAGUGGCAAACGUCUUCAAAGUCUUGUAUGUGUGCUAAAACCUGUGGUUUUACAUUACAGUGUAAAACGGUGUUCAUUGAUCUAAUUUUGUUUAGGUGGGGUCGGAAAAAAUGUAUCAUAGAAAAGUCAGGCAUCAUCUUACACAUUGAAGAAUUCCUUUAUAAAGGUUCAUCUACGUGACAUGUAUGUUAAUGUGAACAUUGCGUUAAUUAGCCUUUUAUGGGAGCUGUUUUGUGUUUGGGUUUCUUUGGAUUGUGGUCAUCUGUGCCUGUAGAGUUUGUCGAGGUACCGGAGCCAGCCAUUUUUGUUUUUGUUUAUAACAGAUUUGACAGGUGUCAGUGAAUUUUAUGAGAUUUGUAACUGAAUUUAGAAAUGAAGAACCCAACCCACACUGUUUGUCAAAAAGCUAGUUAAACAACAACCUGUGUGCAGAUUGAAACGCAUUUAUGUGGUGUUGUCGCUGGAAGCUACCACUAGGUGUCAGUAUGUGCAUGUCCUACAACGCACAUAUACACACUUUGUACAUGCACAUGAAACGUGUGCACUUGAGUCCACGUUGCCAGAGUGCAUAUUGUGGAUGGAUGUGUACUAUAUGUCAUAGCUAAUAAGUUGAGAUGUUACUGUGUGAUGUGGAUGGAUGUGCAGACAGAGUGCAGGCUUGUCAUCCCCUGUCAUUGGAUCUGGCACAGCGGUCCAGGGGCCUAUACUACAAAGCUGGUUCAGGAUAUGUUGAGUUGAAGUUCAGAGGCAAAUCAUCUAUUAAAAGAGCUUCUCUUAAGAAAAUGAGGACUCCAGGCUCUUCAUUAGAUGAUUUAUCUCUUAACUUAACCUUAACUUAUCCUGAACUAGCUUUGUAGUAUGUAUAGCCCCCUGGACUGCACUUCACACAAGUGUACUGUAGCAUGGCAACAUGCUCCACACAGAUGGAAUGUAUUGGGGUUUCACUUUUUGUGUUUGUGCAUGUGUGCGUGUGCGUAUGCGUCUGCAUCCUCAGUUGGUUGUGUCAGAUGUUGCGCUACAGUGACAUGUGGUUGUCACCUCACCAUGUUGUCUUUUUGCUCUCUGUUUAUUGUUUAAUCAUUGUCUAUCCUGUUGCCUCAUCCCUCCUUGUCUACUCUCUCUCUCUCGCGCUCGCGCUCUCUCUCUCUCUCUCUCUCUCUCUCUCUCUCUCUCUGUCUCUCUCUCUGUCUCUCUCUCUGGCGCACGCACUCUCUGUCUCUGUCUCUCUCUCUCUCUCUCUCUCUCUCGCACUCUCUCUCUCUCGCACUCUCUCUCUCUCUCUCUCUCUCUCUCUCUCUCUCUCUCUCUCUCUCUUGUUUGAGCAUGUGUGGAUUAAGUUGAUCCACACGAUCUUCAGGGCUAAUAUGACAGGAGUUAUUUGAUGCUCGUGUGUGUGUGUGUGUGUGUGUGUGUGUGUGUGUGUGUGUGUGUGUGUGUGUGUGUGUGUGUGUGUGUGUGUGUGUGUGUGUGUGUGUGUGUGUGUGUGUGUGUGUGUGUGUGUGUGUGUGUGUGUGUUAUGAGGGUGAUUGUGUUGGUGUGUUGGCAGCACACUUGUGUACCUGAUCAAGAGUAAGCUACUUGUGUCAAUACUUUCAAUGAAGAUUGUCUGGCCUUUCUAUGUCAGUGGUGACGUGCCUUCUGCCAAGUCCCUAAAGGUACGAAUCUUGCUGAUGAACAGUAUGUAAGAAACAAACAUGAGCUUAAUCCGCCACGUUUGUUGAUUUAUUUGUUCGGUUUUGUUUUGUUUUGAGUUCUUUCCUGAAAAAUUCCCCACUCUGAGUGUUGUAAGUCUGAAAACUGUGUCAGACCAAAGCUGCUGAUUCUGUCCUUUAUUUGUUCUUUGUCCUCCAAAGCUUUUGGUUGGUGCGUCUGUGCGUGACUGUGUGCUGUACACACAACUCUUGUGAAAUAUUUGUAUGAUCAUACUGUAUGUAAAUCCCCUGUACGUGUGUACAUAUAAGCAAUCCCAUCUGCAUAUCUUGGCCUUGCGUUGAGGUGCACAGUAUUUUAGCAGAACUCCUAACUUGACAAUCAUAUGUAAUUACAUUCUUAAAAAUAUAUUUUCAAAAAAAAGUGUCCACCACUUUUGGCUGUUAUGUUUUUUAAUUGCUCACUUUCUCUCAUGAAUAAACUGAUUGAUUGUGUAAUAAAACAAAAAUCAUAAAUCAUA